AUGACCAGCUCGAGUAACCCCAGGUUCCGCCUCAUGAUUGGCUGGUGCUGCCUGAUGUCUGCAGCUCUUAUUAUAAUGACUGCAUUUCUUGCUACAAAGACCGGUUGCAACAAAGAGCUCAAUACAAACAAGACAACAAUCGGAUACAAAGAGCACAGUAAAAAAGACAACGACAACCCUCAUGCAGACAAAAUUAUAGAUUCCUCGCAUGGUCUGUCUAUUAAAGACUAUAUCCGUCUUAUCAGAGACAAAAAAUCCUGGAUCUGCAGCCACAUCCCUCUGUGUGAGAGCAGCUCGAGCUCACUGAAAAAUAACACUGUAGAAAUUACAACCGGCGGUUUGUUCUACAUCCAUGCCCAAGUUGAAUUCAGGAAAGCCAGUAAUUCAAUCAAUCAAGAAAUUAAGAAUCCUGGGACUAUAAUUCUUGUCAGAAAUGAACGAAAAGAUGGAGCCAAACGGCUGAGAAAGCUUAGUGAGGUCACACGAUAUGAAGCAGGAUCUGUGUCAAUAAUCCGAAUGGUGCAGCUCGAUGAGGGAGAUACCAUCAGUCUGUACAUAGAGGAAUCAUCUAUGGUCCUAUUAACAGAGGAUUCAAACACUUACUGGGAAAUUCUCUUGCUUUCACGCCUAUAG